AUGCUUUCGCAUUAUCAUUAUAGUACAACCGUCCCUCUGGAAAUUUCGGUACCCAACGAGGUGCUUUUUGAGAUAUUCAACAACCUCUCUACCCCCAACCUCGUAAUUCUUACGUCCGUCUCCCGUGGUUUCAACGCCGUAUCAGAACACAUUCUAUAUUCUUCUAUAUCAAUUAAGGACGUUCUCUCAUCGUCUUCUUCCUGCCCAUGGCGCACAGAAAGGUGUUGCCAAUCUAUCAUUCAGCGCCAACAUUUGGGCAAGAGCAUUCGUGGAUUUCACAUUCGAUGGCAUAUCGAUGUCGAUCCUUCCUCACCUUGCGACUUCGAUUUUACAACAGCGCUCGAAAAACUCGAGCAGGUCCUUCGUAGCGGCAUCCUUUCCUCACUCGAAUCACUUGAACUCUGGCUAGGACCAGCAAAUCGAGGUGUUCACCCUUCAAUACCCCAUAUCAUCGAGCGAAUGAUCCUUGGCUCCCAUUUCCGACAACUCACCAGUUGUUCUCUGGGCGCAGAGUGGGCAAAAGGUUUACCACCUUACUCUGGCACCCUGGAUAAUUUCCUCGGCUCACUACAGUCUUUACGGCACUUGAAGCUGCAUGACCAUCAUGCGGCUUUGAGUCUGCCUUCUGUCGCACUUCCUAUUCUAUCAUCUUUCCGCGGUUCACCCGCUGCAUCAGCGUCGCUUCUUCCGGGUAGGCCCAUUCAAUAUCUUUCGCUCAUCGGCGAUGACUACGAUGUGAAUCAGGAGAUUCUAACGCGGUUUGCAAAAACCACGGUCCCUCUUCGAGUUUUAGAUCUGUCUGGAAUGUCAGUGAGGCCAAUUCUUCUCCGGAACCUAGCUACGCACCUUCCCUCCAUUGAGGUGCUGAAGGUGCGGCUUGCAUUGCGCCAUACCCUACAUUACGCUCUCACUGGCAUACGGCUUUUGACUGGCUUGUCGUCCGUUCUGAGGACAUUCCGUUUACUUGUUCAUCUAGACUUGUCCCCCACUUCGGUUGCGGGUGGGGAUGUUGAACAAGAGUUAAACCUUUGCGAUGAAUGGCAUCGCGCAUGCCCAUCAUUAAAGAGGAUAACAUUCCCUUCUCACAGAGAGUGGUUUCAUCGGUUUGACAGGAUGUGGAUACCUACUGACAUAUGA